AAAUUUUGCAAUUAAUCAUCAAAAUUUAACCUAAUUUGGAUGGUUUUCCUUUUUUUCUCAGUGAUUUUGAUCUAUCUGGAUACUCUCUUAACUCCAUCAUGAUUUUGUUAUGAUCGUGUAUUAAAUACGUAUAAUCUGGCUUUAAUUGUAUGUCUCUGUAUAAGGUUUUGAAGAUCUUGUGUGAUCUAUACACUUAGAUGCACAUUUCGGUUUCUUUUUUGAUUCUGUUGAAAUUUUUAAUAGGGUUUGAUUUUUUGGAUUGAUCAUUUUUGGGGGGAAUUCAUGAUUUGUCCUUGUAUAUGUGAAUUACCUAUUUUGAGUUCUCUUUAAAAAGAAUUCAAUGUGAUCUUUUAGAUGGCAGUGAUCAAUGGCUCAAGACGAACAUACCUCUAGGUGUAGUAAUAGCAGUAGCGGUGGUGCUGGUGGUGGUGGUGGUGGCGGUGGCGGUGGUGCUGGUGGUAGUAGUCAUAGAUCUUCAAAGAAGUUGAAGCAUAAGAAAGUGCCUCAGAGAGGAAUGGGGGUUGCUCAGCUGGAGAAGAUUAUAUCCGAAGAACAACAGAAGAAAGAUGUAUCUGUUUUGACAUCCAAUUCCAUCAUUUCUCCGAGCAAUUCAUCUUCCAAUUUGGCCACCACCAUUCAAAAAGUUCCCAAUUUCAGGCCAUCACCAAUUUCUUCAUCUUCCAUCCCUUUGCCACCACCAUUACCACCCAAUCACCAUCCUUUGAUUUCCAAAACUGAUGCUGUGAACCCCAUAUCUGCUUCCACCUUUUCCAAGCCAGCGAGCAUGAGCAGUGGGGGCGGUGGUGGUGUCGGAGGUAGUAAUUGGUGUAGGUUAUGGAGUGAUGGAGAUUACAGUUUUGAAGGGGAGAAACAGAAUCAAAGUCAAAAUCAUAAUCAAAAUCAUGGGUUGGACCACCCUAGAUACACUGCAGCCUUUCCAGCAAAUCUUGGUGGUUUGCCUUACGAAUCCAACCCACCUAUUUGGCCUCCUCCUCCUCCUAAUCUAAUGAUGCAAAGAUCACAACAUCUUCAGCAACCUUGUUCUUCAUCAAUGGUGAAUGUUUCCUCUGGAACUUCAUCAUCGUCUUCAUCCUCUGUUAUGAAUUUGCAGAUGGAGCCCCCUUCAAACCAAAGCUAUUGUGGCAACAACUAUCAACCAUUGUGGUCAGAGGAAGAGAAGAUGGUUGGCAUGAAGAGGCCAUACCCCUUUUCAUUGGAAAAUGUUCCAAUUCCAUCUUUUCACUGCAAAUUUCCUUCUGCUUAUAUCCCUUCCAUCCCAAGAUCAGAUGAAUCAGCUUCUUGUAGCAAUGGAGGCACUGUUAGCAUAGAAUCUGCACAUCCAAUUUUCAGAGAACCCCCUUUAAGCUCAGGAGCCAUAAACGAUACAGUAACAAAGAAAUUCAUCGAUGAAAACCAAGGUCUCACCCGAGAUUUUCUCAAGUUAGCCCCUCCUCAACCACAUUCGAGUUCGAAAGAGAAGCUGCAUUCUUCGCCUUGUAUAGGAGAACAGACCCAGUUUGAAACUCUAUCACCUCAUAAAGGUCAAUCAAAAGGUUCAACCCAUUUUUCUGGACCAGGUGGGUCAAACCCGCAGCCGUUUCUUAGUUUCUUCCCAGCUGCAAAAACACCGAUGGGGCAGCCAGGAAACAGCAAUGGUGAAGCGGGGGAAAGCGUUGAUCUUAAUUUGAAGCUAUAGAAGGCUCUCCCUAUUUUCUUGAAGUCUUGUUCAUUUCAGUUGGCAAAGUAAGGUAGCUCUUUUUUCUUCAACAAGUGAUCAUGAAUGAGAAAUAAAAACUAUAUCACCCCCGCCCCCUCUAUUUUGAAUGUAGUUUAAUUUACUUUGGGGCAAGUUCAAGUAGUCAAUGGAAAAAAACACACUGUAGCUAUGGCUUAGCAAGACAUAGAGAUCGUGAUUUAUGAACUAAUCGAACUUUGUUG